GGCGUUUUCAGGGCCGAGAGAGUCUUUUAGGUUAGGUUUGGAGGAGGGGCGUCAGCGCGCGGGAAAUCGGGCGGGAAGAGGCAAAAAAAAAAAAAAAAAAAAAAGAAAAGGAUUUGGGCGCGCAGCGGGGCGGUUCCCGUUCUUACAGUCGCGUGGCCCAGGAACCGCUGUUGCGCGAGGGAAGGCGGGACGCCCAGGUUGGUGCUAGGUCCAAAGGAAUACCCCGUUUCCUCAGUCCACAACUCGCAUCUCCCUCUCGCCCCACCUCGCUUCCCGCCGGGCCUGCGGGGCGAGCUGCGCGUCGUGAUGUUCAUGAGAAUCGGGCUGUUCAUUUUGUAUGAGCAGUUGGGAAAUAGUGCUCUCCAGCUCACACCUCCCCUGUAAGUUAUUUCUGCCUGCAGUGACUGUGAUUGCUCAAUUUCUCCAGAAAGAGAGGAAGGAAAACCUUAAGAAUUCUCAGGAGUAGAUGCAGGUCUAUCUUUUAACCAUACAGCUGGGUUUGGUUUAUUCAUUUUGAGAGUAUCUCUUAACAGAGAGAGAUCACAAGUAGGCAGAGAGGCAGGCAGAGAGAGAGGAGGAAGCAGGCUCCCCGCUGAGCUGAGAGCCCGAUGCAGGACUCGAUCCCAGGAUCCUGAGAUCAUGACCUGAGCCGAAGGCAGCGGCCCAACCCAUUGAGCCACCCAGGCGCCCUAUACCAAGUCUUGAAGUCAGAUAGUGGCCAUUUCUGAACAAUAGAGGUAACAGUGACUCCACUGAACAACCAGUUCCAAAUCCUGUCAUCAAAUCUAUGUUCCUGUUCCAAAUGGUAAUACAUGCAUAUUAUUUCUUUUAUUUUAAAAGAAAUGAGUGUAACUAAUAUUGCAUUAAGAGUUGAAACCUGGCUUUUAGCUACAUGGCAUGUUAAAGUACCUCUAAUGUGGCUGGAAGCUUGUAUUAACUGGAUCCAAGAAGAAAAUGGUAAUGUUAAUUUGAGUCAGGCACAAAUGAAUAAACAAGUGUUUGAGCAAUGGCUUCUUACUGAUUUGAGAGAUUUGGAACAUCCUCUUUUACCUGAUGGCAUUUUAGAAGUUCCAAAAGGAGAACUGAAUGGAUUUUUUGCUCUGCAGAUUAAUUCAUUGGUUGAUGUCAGUCAACCUGCGUAUUCCCAGAUACAGAAGUUGAGAGGAAAGAAUACAACAAAUGAGUUAAUUACAGCUGAAACACAAGUAACCCCAAAACCUUGGGAAGCAAAGCCGUCACGAAUGUUGAUGCUGCAGCUAACUGAUGGAAUUGUACAAAUGCAGGGAAUGGAAUAUCAGUCUAUUCCAGCUCUUCAUAGUGAUCUUCCCCCAGGUACAAAAAUUUUGAUUUAUGGAAACAUUUCUUUCCGUCUUGGUGUUCUCUUACUGAAACCAGAAAAUGUAAAGGUGUUGGGAGGGGAAGUAGAUGCUCUCUUAGAGGAAUAUGCCCAAGAGAAAGUACUUGCAAGAUUAAUUGGGGAACCUGAUCCUAUAGUUUCAGUAAUACCAAAUAAUUCUAAUCAGAGCAUCCCUGGAAUUACAGAUGUUCUAGAUUCUGCAUUAGGACCUUCUGAUGAAGAACUCUUGGCAAGUCUUGAUGAAAAUGUUGAACUUAUAGCAAAUAGUGACACCUCCUUAGAAAGAAGAUGUUUCAAUACAGGUAGUUCCUCAAAUACUGUUCCCACAAAGCAGUCAAGUUUUGAACCACAACAAAUUAUUUCUCCAAAACCAAAGGAGGAAGCACCAGAUCAAUCUAUGUAUUUCAGUGAUGGGGAAUUAGAUGACUUUUCACUGGAGGAGGCUUUGCUUUUAGAAGAAACUGUCCAGAAAGAACAAAUAAAGCCUAAAGAAUUGCAGCCAUUGACUUUGAACAGAACCCCAGAUGAAAGUAUAGAGAGAUUUUCACAUAAACCUAAUGCUAAGGAUAAUUUUUCUUUGAUAUGCAAAAAUGGAAACAAUAUUUGGAAUGAGAACAAUUUAUCUGAACAAAUGACUAAUGAAGGCAAAUCUUGUCCAUCUGCCGGAGACCAAGACAGUAGUAUUUUUUCAGUUCAUAAUGUACCCCUUCCCCAUGACUUUACAAAUAAAGACUCAGAGACAGAUAAUAAAACAGAACAAACCUUCAGUAGUGCCGAUGGACAUUCCUUAAAUAAUAAAAUGUCAAUAUCAAAUGGAGAGCUGGUAAAUUAUUUACCAAAAAGGAGUUCACACAUUUCUAAUGAAAAUGAUCACCAUUUACAGACUUGUUCUUUAAGAUCAUCAGAGAACAGCACCAACCUUUCUAUUGCCAUGGAUUUAUAUUCUCCACCCUUUAUCUAUUUGUCUGUUUUAAUGGCCAGCAAACCAAAGGAAGUUACAAUAGUGAAGGUCAAAGCAUUUAUUGUAACUUUAACUGGAAAUCUUUCAAGUUCUGGUGGCAUUUGGAGUAUAACAGCAAAGAUUUCCGAUGGCACUGCAUAUCUAGAUGUAGACUUUGUGGAUGAAAUACUUACUAGUUUGAUAGGGUUUUCAGUACCAGAAAUGAAACAGUUAAAAAAGGAUCCUCUUCAGUACCAAAAGUUCCUGGAUGGUUUGCAGAAGUGUCAGAGAGAUUUAAUAGAUUUGUGCUGUCUAAUGACUAUUUCAUUUAAUCCCUCCUUGUCUAAAGCAACGGUACUGGCAUUACAAGAUGUUGAAAUGGAGCACCUUGAGAACCUGAAGAAGCGACUGAAUAAAUAAUUUACCAAAAUUGUAUUAGAAAAUAAUUAACCAAGAAAAUAUUUAGAAUUAAAUUUAACCUUUUAUGUUUGAAACUUUUUUGUAAAAAGGAAAAAGGAAGUCUUAUACCUUAUUUUGGUUUAAUUUUAAACUGUUUAACUAUGUUUGUAUAUUUAGGUUUUUCUAAUAAAAUUUUUUAUUGUAACGGUUAGACGAAAGAAUUUGGUGACCCAUUGUUAUCGAGAAUUUUGUUUUCUGUUUGUCAUUCCACAUAAGACUAUUGCUAAAGUAUUGUGUUGGUGUUUACUGAUGAGUCAUAUUGUUGGAAGUUAGCAAUUAUAAAUAGGUAGUUGUACUUCUCAUAUGUUGAGUUACUCAGAAGGAUUUUUUUUUAUAUUAUUAUACUUAGGAAAAAAUCUAAAUCCAGUGGAUCAGAAUGUCAGGCUUUCAGAUGCAAAAAUGCUUUCGGUUUUUAUUUUACUGAUAGUAAAUAUUUGGUAUACUUUUUAAAAAAAUUUUUUAUUUUUUAUAAAUAUAUAUUUUUAUCCCCAGGGGUACAGGUCUGUGAAUCGCCAGGUUUACACACUUCACAGCACUCACCAAAGCACAUACCCUCCCCAAUGUUGUUUGGUAUACUUAAGGCACAUAUAAUGUCAUCCUGAUAUGUUUCAGAGAUUAUAUUGAAUGGUUUAAUUAUUUUCAAGGAUAGUUUAUUUCAAAUAGCAUAUUGAAAACUUGAAUAUAAAAUUCAGUAAAUACUUUUUUUUGGAUCAAUAAAGAAGUUUUGUUCAUAUCUUAGGUAUUAUGUCCCCCUUUCCCCCUUCUAAAAAAGAUUUUAUUUAUUUAUGACAGCACAAACAGGGGGAGCAACAGGCAUAAGGAGAGGGAGGAGCAGGCUCCCUGCUGAGCAGGAAGCCUGAUGGGGGCUCAGUCCCAGCCCUGGUAUCAUGACCUGAGCUGAAGGCAGAUACUUACUUGACUGAGACAUCCAGGUGACCCUAUCCCCUUCUGAAUUAGUUCUACAUGUAGACCUACCUUUAGUUUUGUUGGGAGUACUGAUUUUUUUUUUUUAAUGGAGACUGUUUACCACUUUUCCGCUUUGCUGUUAAAAAGUCACAUUUGAAAGGUAAAGUUACUUUUAUUAAUCUUUUGCCUUUAGAAAUUUAGAGUGUCUUAAUUUUUUUUUUUAAAGAUUUUAUUUAUUUAUUUGACAGACAGAGAUCACAAGUAGGCAGAGAGGCAGGCAGAGACAGAGAGAGAGGGAAGCAGGCUCCCUGCUGAGCAGAGAGCCCGAUGUGGGGCUCCAUCCCAGGACCCUGGGAUCAUGACCUGAGCCGAAGGCAGAGGUUUUCACUGAGCCACCCAGGCACCCCAUUUUUUUUUUUUUUUUAAUGUAACUUCUACAGCCGAUGUGGGGCUUGGACUCCUGACCCAUGAGAUCAGGAGUUGUAUGCUCUAUGGACUGAGCCAGACACGUGCCCUAAAGUAUCUUAAGUUUUUAAACCAUUACAAAAAUACUUAAGUAAGAGAAGACAUGGUGUUUUCUUUGAGUUAAAGUAACAACAGGAAAAUAUCUGGACGAGAAAUACAUAUUUACAAUUAUAGAUGUAAAAAAUAUUUUAAAAAUCUUUGCCAUUGUGUUUGAAGGAUGAUGAUCAGAAUUCAAGGUACAACACAGAUUUUACUUCUGUAUACUUGCAUAAUUCUUUUACUACAAGAGAUCUAGGUGAGAUGGCAUUAUCUUUUGUGAUCUUUUAAAUGUUCUUUACCUCUGUGACUAGUGAUUGAAAGCUGGGAUUGGACCUUAUUUUCUCUUCAUAUUCAGUCACUGAAGACUGGGUAUAUCCUUCUAUAUUGGUGCUGUGAUUCUGGCUCUGGUCUUCUUUGGCCUCGAUUAUUCCAGUAGGUUUACUUAUUGAUCUGUGACUUAUUUUGUCCUGAAAAUUUUGCCCAUAAUUCUGCCUGAAUGGUCUUUCUAGAAUGAAUUUAUUGUUUUCUCUUUGUUAAAUUUUUUUUUUAAGAUUUUAUUUAUUUAUUUGACAGAGAUCACAAGUAGCCAGAGAGGUAGGCAGAGAGAGAAGGGGAAGCAGGGUUCCCGCCGAGCAGAGAGCCCGAGGAGGGCCUUGAUUCCAGGACCCUUGAUUCCAGGAACCUGAGCUGAAGGCAGAGGCUUAACCCACUGAGCCACCCAGGCGCCCUCUCUUUGUUAAUCUUUAAAUUAACCUCCUCCUUCCCCCUACUUACAAAGUGAAGUACAAACUCUUCAUCUAGUGUGUAAGGUCUUUUGUGAUCUGGCUCUUGCCUUAUUUUUCGGCUUCAUCUUGCUCCGUUACUCUGCACCCACCUAGUCUGUCCUGAAAUUUUAGUCAUAUCAAUUAGAAAUUCCCCAAACACGGGGGAAUAUAUCUUAUAUUUUCAUACUGAAGCUCAUAGUGAUCCCCCUCCCUCCCAGAUUCAUUCAUACGGAUUUCGAGCUCAAUGUAAGCUUUAGUUGCCCAUUAAAAUAUUUCCCUGUUUACUUUCAUGCUGUUUUAUACAUUGUACAGAAUAAUAUUAUGUAUGUUUUGCUGUACGUAUUUGCUUCUCUCAUUCUGUUAAAUUUUUGAACAAAAUUCAGUAGGAAGGGGCACCUGGGUGGCUCAGUGGGUUAAGCCGCUGCCUUCGGCUCAGGUCAUGAUCUCAGGGUCCUGGGAUCAAGUCCCGCAUCGGGCUCUCUGCUCAGCAGGGAGCCUGCUUCCUUCCUCCUCUCUCUCUGCCUGCCUUUCCAUCUACUUGUGAUUUCUCUCUGUCAAAUAAAUAAAUAAAAUCUUAAAAAAAAUUAAACAAAAAAAUUCAGUAGGAAAUUAGGAAUUUAAAAAUAAAAAAAAUGCUAAAAUUAAGAAUUUAGUGAAUGAGUUUAACAUCAGGUGAACUAUAGCUGUAGGAAUAGUGAAUUGAGUUUGGUCAGAAGAAAAAAAUUCAGAAUGAUAGAGAAUCCAAAGGAUGGAAAAGAACCAGAAAAGAAUAUAACAGAGAGAUGGGCUAUUAAUGUAACUGUAGUCCCAGAAAGAGAAGAAAGAAUAUUUGUGGAGUUACUGCUUAAGAAAUAGCUAAAAUUUUUGAAAAUCAUCAAGCUGCAGGUUUUGGAAGUCCCACAAACCUCAAACAAAAUAUAUUCAGAAAAUCAUACUUAUGCAAAUAUUACUAUUAUUGAAAACUAGAAAAAGAAAAAAGUCUAGAGCAGUGAAAGGAAGAAAGCAUGUUUCAAAAGACUAAAUAUUUGGCAGCUAACUGCUCAGUAAAAAGCAAUGGCAAUCAGAAGACAAUGGAAUGGGCUCUUCAAAGUGAUGGAAUAAAAUAACUGCUAAUCUAGAAUUCUUAACAAAGCAAAAAUGUCCUUAAUAAGAGUUGGAAAAGUAAAAUUAAGAAAUGUCACACAAAAAUAAUUGUUUCCCAAAAAACUACACAAGAAUGAAGUCAUUAAGCAGAAGGCAAAUGAUAACUAGGUAGAAGCUUGGAGAUGUGAGAAGAAAUGAACAACAGGAUAAAUACCGGGAUUUAAGGUAAUAGUGAUUUUGAAACAAAAAUUUUUAAAGAGUCGAGGACUAAAGUACAUGAAAGCAAUUGCAUGUAAGUUGAGAGGGGGAUAAAUGGGAAAGUGUUUUAAGGCCUUUAUGCCUAAGGAAAGGUUAAGCUGUCACUUUAUAUUAAACUUGAAUAUUCAGAGUUGUAUGUUGUAAUAUUUAGGGGGUUACCACACUAAAAGAUUUGUAAAAGUGUAUUACUAUAUACUAAUGGUGUAAAAUGGAACAACAGGAAAAAAAAGGUAUUCAACCUAAAAGAAAGGACAGAAAAAAGGGAAAAGUGACAGGGAAAACAAUUGGCAAGGUGGUACAUUUUAAAUUCAAAUGGAUCAGAAAUUGCAGUAAGUGUAAAUAGGGUAAGAUCCUCCAAUAAAAGACAUUUUCAGAUAGUGAUACAAUGCAGUUAUAUACAAGAGAGACAAAAUGUAAGGAUACAGAAAGGUAAAAAGUGAAAGGACGUAGAAAGAUACAUAAACAGUAAGUGAAAGAUACUGAAUGUGGCUAUAUUAAUAACAUCAGUUUGAGGCAAAAAAAACUAGUAGUAAAGAGAGACAGUUGAUAAUGAGAAAAGGUCUAAUUCACCAGUAACGUUUAGCAAUUUUAAAUUUUAUAGAAGUCAGUAGCUUCUAAAUUUAUAAGAAAACAAGGAGAAAUAGAGAAAUGCACAAUCAUAGACAAUUACAGUAAAAAAAGUAGUUGGUAGAGUUAUAGAAAAUACAAUAGAUCUAACCACUAUGUAGAGGCUACUGUACUUGGGGCGCCUGGGUGGCUCAGUGGGUUAAGCCGCUGCCUUCGGCUCGGGUCAUGAUCUCGGGGUCCUGGGAUCGAGUCCCGCGUCGGGCUCUCUGCUCAGCAGGGAGCCUGCUUCCUUCUCUCCCUCCCUCUUUCUCUCUCUCUCUCUGCCUGCCUCUCUGCCUCCUUGUGAUCUCUCUGUCAAAUAAAUAAAUAAAAUCUUUAAAAAAAAAUAGAGGUUACUGUACUCAAUCAAUACAUAAUACAUGUUUUUCUCAUGUACAUGUUGGAUAUUUCAAAAGUUGGCCACAUGCUUAAUAGAAAGCAAAUCUAAAGUGUCAAAAAAUUAUUAACCAUACAGAGUAUAUUCUGUGACCAUAAAUAAAUGGUAGGGGAGGGGUUGCCUGGAUCCAUCAGUAGAGCAUGGGAUUCACUAUCUCAGGGUUGUAAGUUUAAGUUCCAUGUUGGGCAUAAAGCUUACUUUAAGAAAAAAAAAAAAAAAAGGAAAAUAAGCUAGGAAAAAAAGUUUUUUAAAAAACCCUCAUGUUUAGAAACUACAAAACAUACUCCAAAGUAACUUUGGGUUAAGGAAGAAAUCACAGUGGAAGUUAGAAAAAAUUUUAUUAUGAAAAUAGGACAUCAAAUGUUGCGAGGAAUAGAUGAAGCUGUGGUAGAGGGGACUUAAUAUUUUAAUUUAUUAGAAAAGAAUAAGGCUAAAAAUGAAUUUAUCUCAAGUUAUAAAAACCAAGACAAAAAAAUAAAGAGCUUAAUUUAUUGGAAUAGAAAGCAAACAUGAUAGGAUUAACAAAGAAUUGCUUCUUUGAGAAAACAAAUCUCCAGUAAGACAAAUGAAGAAAGUGUGCAGGCACAAAUACUACAAAUGAAAUGGAGACCUUAUGCAUUUGUUAAAAAUCUUUCAAGAAGGUAUUAUGAAUAACUUCAUGCUAAUGCAUUUGAAGUUUUAGAUGAAGUGGGGUGCCUAGGUGGCUCAUUUGGUUAAUCAUCUGUCUUCUGCUCAGGUCAUGAUCUGGAGAUGUGGGAUUGAGCCCUGCAUGGGACUCCCUGCUCAGUGUGGAGCCUGCUUUUCCCUCUCCCUCUGUCUUCUGCUCUCCUUGCUUGUGCUGUC